UAGAAAAUUGAAUCAGGCAACACCAAGAUAGUUUGGCACGUUUGGCAGAAGUAAACAAAAAUUGCCGUGUUUUUCUACUUUUCUCAGAGUUUUUAGUAAAAUAUCACAGAGAGAAAUGUCUGCAGAAGGUGAGCAGGUGGAAAAGGACAAGAGCACGCCAAAGAAUAUAGGCCACAUGACGGAAAAUGCCCUGAAAAGAAAAGAGAGACUAAUGUCGCUGAAACGAAAAGCAAAUAACAAUGUUCCGGAUGCUGAAAAUCUCACAGAAAACAAGAAACUCUUUAGGAAUUAUGAGUCGGAGGACCCGGACAUUGUGACGGAGAGAGCGGAGCCCGGAUGCGUUGAGAACGAGGUGAAGGGUCAGUUGGAGUCAAUGAAGACACCGAUCGUGAUUGACGAGAUUGAUAUCGCCAACCUGGCGCCCCGGAAGCCCGACUGGGAUUUGAAACGAGACGUGGCGAAGAAGCUGGAAGUCCUGGAGAGGCGAACACAGAAGGCCAUCGCUGAGUUGAUUCGGGAGCGACUGAAGGCAGGCAAAGAUCCCGAGGAUUUCCUGCAGGCGGUCAAUGCGGCAGCCGAGAGGGCUAAUGACAAGUCCGACGAAGAAGAUUAGUCGAUAAAAGUGUUUAUAAUU